AUGACACAUAUUGGCUAUGAGUUCUGCAUACCUCACUAUCUGUAUAAGACAUUCAUUGGAGUCUUGGUGUCGUCAGAGAAUAGUUAUCCUGGUAUCCUCAACUCACCUUACGAGUUCUGGUCAGAGAAUAGUUACCCUGGUAUCCUCAACUCACCUUACGAGUUCUGGUCAGAGAAUAGUUACCCUGGUAUCCUCAACUCACCUUACGGGUUCUGGUCAGAGAAUAGUUACCCUGGUAUCCUCAACUCCCCUUACGGGUUCUGGUCAGAGAAUAGUUACCCUGGUAUCCUCAACUCACCUUACGAGUUCUGGUCAGAGAAUGGUUAUCCUGGUAUCCUCAGCUCACCUUACGAGUUCUGGUCAGAGAAUGGUUACCCUGGUAUCCUCAGCUCACCUUACGGGUUCCGGUCAGAGAAUGGUUACCCUGGUAUCCUCAGCUCACCUUACGGGUUCUGGUCAGAGAAUGGUUAUCCUGGUAUCCUCAACUCACCUUACGAGUUCUGGUCAGAGAAUGGUUACCCUGGUAUCCUCAGCUCACCUUACGAGUUCUGGUCAGAGAAUGGUUAUCCUGGUAUCCUCAACUCACCUUACGAGUUCUGGUCAGAGAAUGGUUACCCUGGUAUCCUCAACUCACCUUACGAGUUCUGGUCAGAGAAUGGUUACCCUGCUCACGCUUACGGGUUCCGGUCAGAGAAUGGUUACCCUGGUAUCCUCAGCUUCACCUACGGGUCUGGUCAGAGAAUGGUUAUCCUGUGUAUCCCUCAACUAACCUUUACGAAGUUCUGGUCAGAGAAUGGUAACCCUGGUUACCUCAGUCUCACCUACGAGUUCUGGUCAGAGAAUGGUUAUCCUGGUAUCCUCAACUCACCUUACGAGUUCUGGUCAGAGAAUGGUUACCCUGGUAUCCUCAACUCACCUUACGAGUUCUGGUCAGAGAAUGGUUACCCUGGUAUCCUCAGCUCACCUUACGAGUUCUGGUCAGAGAAUGGUUACCCUGGUAUCCUCAGCUCACCUUACGGGUUCCGGUCAGAGAAUGGUUACCCUGGUAUCCUCAGCUCACCUUACGGGUUCCAGUCAGAGAAUGGUUACCCUGGUAUCCUCAGCUCACCUUACGGGUUCCGGUCAGAGAAUAGUUACCCUGGUAUCCUCAGCUCACCUUACGGGUUCUGGUCAGAGAAUGGUUACCCUGGUAUCCUCAGCUCACCUUACGGGUUCCGGUCAGAGAAUAGUUACCCUGGUAUCCUCAGCUCACCUUACGGGUUCUGGUCAGAGAAUAGUUACCCUGGUAUCCUCAGCUCACCUUACGGGUUCCGGUCAGAGAAUGGUUACCCUGGUAUCCUCAGCUCACCUUACGGGUUCCGGUCAGAGAAUGGUUACCCUGGUAUCCUCAGCUCACCUUACGGGUUCCGGUCAGAGAAUGGUUACCCUGGUAUCCUCAGCUCACCUUACGAGUUCUGGUCAGAGAAUAGUUACCCUGGUAUCCUCAGCUCACCUUACGAGUUCUGGUCAGAGAAUAGUUACCCUGGUAUCCUCAGCUCACCUUACGAGUUCUGGUCAGAGAAUAGUUACCCUGGUCAUUCCCAGGACAUCUCGUAUUCCAUCUCAUCAGGGGAUCCAGAUGGUUAUUUCACCAUGGACUCUACCUCCGGGGCGCUCCGUUCCUCUGUCCCUCUGGAUCACGAGGCCUGUCCCAGUCUCGACCUGGAAGUCCAGGCUCGCUACGGCUCGCCGCCCGCCUACGGAACCACACGCGUACGCAUCACCAUCUCAGACGUCAAUGACAACUACCCCUCCUUCCUUCCCUCCUCCUCCGAAUCCCUCCUUCUCCCGGAGGUGACUAAAAUGGGAACGGUGGUGUACCGUGUUCAGGCCACCGACCGGGACUCUGGUCCAAACGGUCAGCUGAGUUUUGACCUGGUCUCGAUCGGCACGGGGGGCAGUAGCGGUCAAAGGAUGUUUGGCGUGGACCGGGGAAGCGGGGAGCUGAAGCUGAUUGGUGGACUGAACUAUGAAAGUGUUCCGCGCUACGACCUACAGGUGGUAGCUAAAGAUGGUGGAGCCCCCCAGCUCAGCUCUACCUUCACGUUAGUUGUACAUGUCCAGGCUCAGGAUGCGCAGGGCCCCGCAUUCGACACGCUAACCUACCGCGUGGAGCUACAGGAGAACACGCCUCUAAAGACACGCUUCCUACAGGUCCGCGCCCUUAACAGAGAGGCUGCUGGGAACGGCGGUAGCUCCGCCUCUUCCUCCUCCUCUUCCUCGGUGUCGUACAGACUGCAUCCGGACGGUGACGCGGCAGGGUUCGGGAUUGCCCCAGAUAGUGGGUGGUUGUAUGUUCGUAGCUCUCUGGACCGGGAGGCUAAGGACAUGUAUCUAUUGACGGUGUUGGCUACCUCUGGACCGGGAGGGCAGGUGAGGAACACAGCAGGCGUGGCUGGGGCGGGCAGGACUGGCAGUGCCACGGUGAGGGUCUCUGUGACGGAUGAGAACGACAACAGUCCCCGUCUGAGUCAGGAGAGGGUGUUUCUUGCUGUGAGAGAGAACCUUCCGCCGGGUACGGGGUUUGGCCACGUGUCGGCUACCGACAGAGACGCAGGACUGAACGCCAGACUGACCUUCAGACUCCUGCACACUGACAGACACUUCCAGAUCAACGCAAACACAGGUGAGAUCAGUACUAGGUUAUCUCUAGACAGAGAGCAGCAGUCUAGCUAUCAGCUGGUGGUUGUGGUACAAGACGGAGGCACGCCCCCUCGCAGCGCUACGGGUACUGCCCACAUCACCGUAUUGGAUGAGAACGACAACGCCCCUGUCUUUAGCCACGCCCACCCCGACAGGGAACUGCUCAUACAGGUGAUGGAGGAAUCCCAGCCUGACUCAGUCUUGGGGACAGUAACAGCUAAAGAUCCUGAUGAGGGAGAGAACGGAACAAUCCAUUACUCACUGUCAGGUUCCAGAGUGGAGUGUUUCUCAUUGAACCCCACCACAGGAGAACUGCGUUACUCGUCCUCUCUGAGACACGGUGAGAUGACUGAGUACAACCUGACGGUGUCGGCUUCUGACCUCGGCACACCUCCACACACCUCUACCUGUCCCCUACGCAUUCAGGUUCUGAGCUCCAGUAAGUCUUCAGCUAAGAACACUCUCUCCAUGACUCUCAACUCAGUGGAGGGCGUUGCCCCAGGCUCUGUCAUUGGUUCUGUCCGGUCACAUGACCAGAGUGACACGCUGUCGUUGGACGGCCAGGUGACGUACGUGGUGGUGGACGGGACGGACCGGAAGGGGACGUUCAUGGUUGACCGUGUUACGGGAGACGUGUACCUGGUCAGAGAACUGGACUAUGAGGAAGGGGAUAGGUACACUCUGCAUGUGGAGGUAUCAGAUUUCACGCUGGCGUACCCCAGCAGUCACAGAGUACAGCUGGACAUUAACGUCCAAGACAGCAAUGACCACGCCCCCCAGUUCACCGAGGACCCCGUUACCAUAGUGAUACCAGAGAACACCCAGCCGGGAGCCUCCAUCUACACCUUCCAGGCUGCUGAUAAGGACGGCAGCGGUCCCAACAGCGAACUGCGUUACUCCAUCCAGCACCGCUGGCCUGACUCCCUUCACCUCCUGACCCUUGACCCUUCCACUGGGGUCCUGACCUUGGGUCAGGAGUUAGAUCACGAGACCACGUCUUCCCUCUACCUGGUUGUCAGGGCGACCGACCAGGCGGAGGACGUGUCCUCGCGGCGCUGGGGGUCAGUGACGGCCCGGGUGUUUGUGACGGACGAGAAUGACAACGCUCCCGUGUUCAGCUCAUCCUCCGCCGUCAGUGUCAUGGAGGACCAGCCUGUCGGGUUCGUGGUUGUGUACGCGAUGGCUCGUGACGAGGAUGAGGGAGAGAACGGACGAGUGUCCUACAGCAUCCAAUCAGGGAACAGCGCUGGACGUUUCAGCCUGAACCCCAACACCGAGCUGCUCCAGUAUGCAUUCACAGAGCUGCUCCAGUGUGCAUUCACAGAGCUGCUCCAGUAUGCAUUCACAGAGCUGCUCCAGUGUGCAUUCACAGAGCUGCUCCAGUAUGCAUUCACAGAGCUGCUCCAGUAUGCAUUCACAGAGCUGCUCCAGUAUGCAUUCACAGAGCUGCUCCUGUAUUCAUUCACAGAGCUGCUCCAGUAUGCAUUCACAGAGCUGCUCCAGUAUGCAUUCACAGAGCUGCUCCAGUAUACAUUCACAGAGCUGCUCCGGUAUGCAUUCACAGGGCUGCUCCAGUAUGCAUUCACAGAGCUGCUCCAGUAUGCAUUCACAGAGCUGCUACGGUAUUCAUUCACAGAGCUGCUCCAGUAUGCAUUCACAGAGCUGCUCCAGUAUGCAUUCACAGGGCUGCUCCAGUAUUCACUCACAGGGCUGCUCCGGUAUGCAUUCACAGAGCUGCUCCAGUAUGCAUUCACAGGGCUGCUCCGGUAUGCAUUCACAGGGCUGCUCCGGUAUGCAUUCACAGGGCUGCUCCAGUAUGCAUUCACAGAGCUGCUCCAGUAUGCAUUCACAGAGCUGCUCCAGUAUGCAUUCACAGAGCUGCUCCAGUAUACAUUCACAGAGCUGCUCCAAUAUGCAUUCACAGAGCUGCUCCAGUAUAUAUUCACAGAGCUGCUCCAGUAUACAUUCACAGAGCUGCUCCAGUGCUCUCUGUCCAUUCUGAAGGCUCUAGAUCGUGAGGACCAGGAAGUGUUUAACCUGACCAUCAUAGCUGAGGAUCAUGGGAUGCCCCAGCUGUCCACCAGUCAGGUUCUGUCUGUCCACGUGAUUGAUGUGAACGAUGAGCCGCCGCUUUUCCAGGGGGAGGAGCUAGAGGCGGAGGUCAGAGAGAACCAGGAAGCGGGAACCACGGUGAUCACCAUCACGGCAACGGACAGAGACCAAGGUUCUAAUGGCCAGGUGACAUAUGGAGGUGUAACAGAGGAAGGCUUCACCAUCAACCCUGUGACAGGGGUCAUCAGCACUACCAAGACCCUGGACAGAGAGACUCAGGACCACUACACACUCACAGUGUCUGCCAGGGACGGGGGCCUGCCUCCUAACUUUGCCAAGGUGGUGGUGCGUGUGUUGGUGCAGGAUGAGAACGACAACGUGCCGGUGUUCGCCAGGCCCUGGUACGGCCUAGAGGUCCCUGAGAGCCAGAGCCCCGUGGAGCUGUGUAUUGUCAGGGCUGCUGACGCAGACACGGGACCCGCUGGAGACAUAGAGUACAGGAUCACUGCUGGAGACCCAGACGGAGACUUCCAACUCCAUGUCAGUACAGGGGCCCUGUCCACGUCUCGUCCCCUGGAUCGGGAGCUGCGGGCAGGGUACAACCUGGAGGUGGUGGCCCUGGACCGUGGUUCUCCUGCUCUGAGCAGCACAGCCACAGUGGAGGUGACGGUGCUGGAUGUAAAUGACAACAGUCCAUCCUUCAGCAGCAGCAGCUACACCGUAGACGUCUCAGAGGACGCUGCCCAGGGAACUACAGUCUUAGAGGUCACGGCCACAGACGCAGACGAGGGGGAGAACGGGAAGGUUCUGUAUUUCCUGAGUCGAGAGGCGAGGGGCGCUUUCACCGUUGACGAAAACACUGGGCGUAUCACAACGGCGUCGCCGGUGGACCGGGAGAAGAGGGCGUCGUACAGCUUCCAUGUGUUCGCUGUGGACCUGUCACCUGCAGAGCCCAGAAACACCUCAGCUCAGGUCACAGUGACAAUCCUGGACAUAAACGACAACGCUCCAUUCUUCAUCCAAGACCCCCUCGUCGUCGAGGUCUCGGCCAGCCAAUCACAUCGGGUCCUGGCCACCAUGCGGGCCGAGGACAAGGACUUUGGUGCCAACGGUUCUGUGUUCUACCGUUUCGCCGGUCCGGUGAGGGGUUUCAGCAUCAACUCCCUAACAGGAGAGAUCCAGGGGACGGAGGGGAUAGACAGGCUGAAUCAGGCCCAGAGGACCCUCAUGGUGGAGGCUAUGGACCAGGGAACCCCGGCCCAGUCCAGCCUGGGGGUGGUGGUGGUCUAUGUGAAGGAACAGGUGUAUACAGGCAUCAGGUUCUCAAGGAACGCCAGAGAUGUCAGCAUACAGGAGAAUGCCGCCAAAGGUACGUCUGUAGCUCAGGAUCAGGCCGAGUACCCUGAUGGAACAAGAAGAGGGAUCAGCUAUAGCCUCUUCUCUGGAAACAGACUGCAGGCCUUCAGCAUCGGCACUAGCACAGGUGAAAUCUGGGUUCAGAGGUCGUUGGGUCUGGACUUUGAGGACACUCCCCGACUCCGCCUGGUAGUGAAGGCUGAGACGGCUUCGUCCAGCUCCUUCAUGGCCGUUAACCUGAUCCUGCAGGACAUCAAUGACAACCUGCCUCGCUUCCAGCUCCAGAACUACGUAGCCUACAUGAGAGAGGCCCAGGGUUACGACGUGCCAAUCAUACAGGUGGUGGCAGAGGACGUGGACCAGGGGCAGAACGGUCAGGUGACUUACUCUAUCCAAUCAUCGGGAGGCAUGAGCGGCCUGUUCAAGAUCAACCCUGUCACAGGAAGCAUCACCACCGCCGCCAUCAUGGACAGAGAGAUCUGGACUAAGACCAGGCUGGUCGUCACAGCGACGGACAGGGGCAGCCCGCGAUUGGCCGGUUCGGCCACACUCACAGUGAUCAUCGUAGACCUCAACGACAACAGUCCAACAAUCCCUCUGCCCCGGGAGGUCCGCAUUCCUGAGAACACCCUGAUCGGCACAGAGAUCACCUCGGUAACGGGUAAUGACGUAGACUCCAGCCCGGCCCUGUCCUACAGCCUCCAGCUGGACGGGUCGUCCCAGGGGAAGUUUGGGAUUCACCGCUACAGUGGUGGGGUGUCUCUGACCGCCCCUCUGGACUACGAGGACAGGACCUGGUACACACUGACCGUCAGGGCUACUGACUCCCAACACCAGACUGAGGCUAAUAUCACCAUAUUGGUGGAGGACGUCAAUGACAACGCUCCUGCGUUCACACACGAUCUAUACCAGGUUACACUGCCAGAACAUUCCCCGCCAGGCAGUCCCGUUGUCACGGUGACGGCGACUGACCGUGAUUCGGGUGAGAAUGGAAAGGUCACCUACAGAGUGACGUCGUCAACGCGAGGUGGCUUCUACGUCGACCCCAGCAACGGCACCCUGUUCAUCAGGGAGAGGGCAGAGUUUGACCCAGAGAACCCGUCCGUCAGCGUGGUCAUCGAGGCCUGUGACGGGGGAUCCCCGCCCCUCUCCUCCGUCACCACAGUACAGGUCCAGCUAUCAGACGUCAACGACAACGCUCCUGUCUUCCACCAAUCAGAGUACAGGGCGACGGUGUUGGAGGACUCCAUCCCCGGGGCGACCAUCCUGACCCUGGAGGCCAUGGACGCUGAUUUCUCUCGGGACAACUGCGGCUUCGACUUCGCCAUUGCCAAUGGCAACACUGGGAACGUCUUCCAGAUCGAGAGCAGCGUGCGCUUCCUGGAAGGGCGGGGCUUCCAGACCGUAGGGACGCUCCUAUUGGCCGAGGUGCUGGACUUCGAGGCUGUGCCCCUCUAUAACCUGACGGUGGUGGUGUCGGACAGAGGGGUUCCACAGCGGAGUUCUAGCGUUGCCGCGGUGAUAACCGUUGGCGAUGUAAACGAUAACCCGCCGGCAUUCGGCAGGGCGGAGUACGCCGUGUCACUGAGUGAAGGAGCGGGCGCCGGGACGGAGAUAAUACGACUCACUGCCACAGACCCAGACUCGGCCCCCAACGCAGAGGUCAAGUACAGCAUCAGCUCAGGCGAUGAGAUGGACCUGUUCAUGAUCGACCAGUGGACCGGGGCAAUGCGGUUACAGCGACAGCUCGACCGCGAGCACCAGUCCUCCCACGUGGUCAUCGUCCAGGCCACGGAUGGCCACGGUCAUGUCGCCCUGACCCCGAUCAGCGUAGAGGUCAAAGAUGUGAAUGAUAACAGACCGUUCUUCCCCAUCGAGACUCUGACGGCUAGCAUCAGAGAGAACCAGCCGGUCAACUCAGCCGUGACCAUACUCCACGCCAUAGACCACGACACUGGGAUGUACGGCCAGCUGAGAUACUACAUGGUGGAGCGAGGUCAAGGGUCAGGAAUUACAGGGCGAGAGGCCUUCACCGUGGACCAGAGUUCAGGAGAGGUCAGGGCUAAGAUGACUUUUGACUUUGAGAAGGUAAACUCAUUUAAUUUUGUUGCUCUGGCGAUGGACGCCGGUAACCACUCGGCCACGGUGACGGUCCAGGUGUACGUGACUGGUGAGGAUGAGUACGACCCACUAUUCGUCUCCCCAGAGUUCUCCUUUGAGGUUCCAGAGGGGGCGAAGAGGGGCCAAAGCAUCGGACAGGUCCAGGCAAACGACGAGGACGGAGGUGUAGACGGUAUCGUCCUCUUCUCGCUCCCAAGCCCCUCCCUGUACUUUGACGUCAACAAAACAACCGGGGUGGUUUUCCUCAAGAUGGACGGGUCUUCUAGUCGCAGCAGCAGCAGCGGGUUAGGGGGGCGGUCCAAAAGGGAGACCAGGACCAUGACUCUGGACGUUCACGCCCACAGCCCUCUGGACACGUCCCGGGUCACCACGGCCCAGCUUACCAUCGAUGUGACCAACACGUCCUUCGGCCUGGGGGCAGACCUCAACGUCCUGCUGAUUAUCAUCAUCGCCGUGUCCCUGGGGGUCGUCGUGCUACUGGUGGUCAUGGCUGUGGUCAUCUUCCUGGUCAAGUCAAAGAGACGCAGGAAGAACAAAGGACGGGACAACAGUACCGUCGCCUCGGGAACCACUCUGCAGAAACUGGACGAUUCCAAAUCUGGAGGAUCUGAGAGGAUCUAUCAUCAGACGUUACCAGGGUACGCCGGCGACCAAGGUGGAGCAGGGGCCGGGCCCUACCCCCGGGGGGGUUCCCUUGACCCCUCACACUCCAGCGGGCGUGGUUCAGCCGAGGCGGCGGAGGACGAUGAGAUCAGGAUGAUCAACGAGUACCCCCGCGUAGCGUCCAUCUCCUCGUCCAUGCAGGAGCACAUGUCAGCCCGCGGGCCGGACUCUGGCAUCCAGCAGGACGCUGACCAGCUGUCGGACAUCUCCUGUGAGCCGGCCGCCCUGGAAGGAAGCACCUGGUUCAAAGGCAAGAAGCUGGGAGGGAGUCUCAGUGGAACCAUGCUGUCUGGACAGCUACCUGUCUACAGAGACGAGCUGGGAGGAGGGUAUCUGGGGGUGGGGAGGGGACUCAAUAUCUCCCAUCCUAAAGAGUACGCCUUCCCAGAGGAUGGGAAGCCCUUGGUGGACGGGUCUCUGACAGCCAUAGUGGCCAGUGACGAAGAGCUAAGGGGCAGUUAUAACUGGGACUACCUGCUCAACUGGUGUCCUCAGUUCCAACCACUAGCCAACGUCUUCACAGAGAUAGCCAGGCUCAAAGACGAGACAGCCCCACAGAACCAGACCAACCCACGCCAGCCCUUACAGCCCAAAGCCAAGACGGACCCCAAGCCUCGCAUCGACCCACCGCCCCUCAUCACCGCCGUCGCCCACCCUGGGGCCAAGUCCGUCCCCCCGAAGGUCCCUGUUAUCGGACGCACCUUCCCCCACCUGGCCACCCUACGACGGUCCCCCAUCAGCCACGAGGGCUCCAUCUCCUCAGCAGCCAUGUCCCCCAGCUUCUCCCCCUCUCUCUCCCCUCUCGCCGCCCGCUCCCCCGCCGUCUCCCCCUUCGGAGUAACCCAGGGCCCCUCGACCUCCAUGAUCAGUACCAGGGAUCCCAUGCUGGACCACAGCCCCGAUCACGAGAUGAGGAUCUGAGGAUGACGUUGUUUUAGUUUUUUUUUUUAGAGACGUUUCUAUAAUUUAUGUUUUUAUCACAUGACAAAGUAAAGGGUGCUGAGAUCUGGAUGUUAUAUCAGCUCCUAUGACACGUGAGGAAGUUGAACGAAGUGUUUUCGGGCUUCAGAGACAUGCUUCUCUGAUGUAGUUUCUUCAGAUGAGUUUUAGGCCGUAUUUCUUCAAAGCGGAAGAGGAAUAUAGCGUGGGAACAUUUUGUAUUAGUGAGACCGAGUGAUUGCCAAGAUGAGGCUCGAGAAGAUGAACACUAAUAUUAUGAGAUAGGUCACAUUCACCCUCUUUUCUGAAGGGGACAUGUGGAUUAUCAUUUUCUACAGGAUGUCAUUUCUCACCUCAGAUAUCCCUCUAUGGAGUGGUGGUCCGUGUUGUGGGGUAGGGGAGGUUCGCAUUGACAACAGACCAGCCCUCUCCUCCCCUACUUGUACAUCAUGACGCAGGCCUCUGAGAAUUGCUACAGGGUUAGGAGAUUACCCAACCUCUCGGCAUCGAACAACCAUGACUUGGAUCCAACCCUGCAGCUGCAGCUGCAGACUGACCCUCCCUUCAGACAGAGGUCCUUAGUAGAGAUAAACUGACGUAUCGGCUGCAGACUGACCCUCCCUGCAGACAGAAGGCCCUCAUUAGAGAUAAACUGACGUAUCGGCUGCAGACUGACCCUCCCUGCAGACAGAAGGCCCUCUGUCAUGAAGUCCGUAGACACAGUAGAUUUUCAGUAGUUUUCAGGUCACUCCUCGCUGGCUGGUCAGAGAGAUAAAGGAUUCCACUAUUCCUCUCUGUGACUUCCGUCUCUUCACAUUCUAGAUCUCAAUUAAAGUUGAGAUCUAGAAUGUGACCAGUGUUCCGUUGUGGUGUUCUCACAAACAAAAUGACUGCUUUACAUAACAGACAAAAUGGCUGCUUACAUAACAGACAAAAUGGCUGCUUACAUAACAGACAAAAUGGCUGCUUUCAAAAUGGCUGCCGUUUCCCCUUCUGUGGAUCCAAUGGACCAAGUACACGUGUGUUGAAAAAGACAUUAUACACUAGCCAGUGUUUUGUACGUUGGAAACGGGGACUGAGGCUCAUGUUUUACUUUGUUGCUAGGGAAGACGCAUUAUUUUCUCUUUGGUUGUAUUUUUUAUAUAUUUUUAUAUUGACCUUUGAUUUCUGAUGUGAAUUGCCAGGUUAUCGUUUCGUUCCAUUUAGAUAUAUGUAUAUUUGUAUGGAUGUGUAUGUACGCUAGCCACAUUAUCUAUGUGUUUCCCUGUCAUAGAUUUUAGAGCCACCGUCUUGUGUCUUUGUGUGGACUCGUGACAUUUGUGACGUGAGUGAGUGGGGAACAUUUUGUGUUUUGAUAAUUAUUUAUAUGAAGGAUGUGAACUGCUGGCCAUGUUGACAGCAGGCAACCACGUUCACUUUUCACCAUGCUGUAUUGUAUCUGAAAAAAAACGUUACAUUUUUUUGUCAAAAUGAAGAUCUUCUCAAAAUCCCGGCAAAACUUUGUAAAGACGAUCAGAGAUCAUUGGUCACUCGCCCUCAAACUCUGUGACCAAAACCAGACCUGUUCUCCUUGUUAGUAAACUGUUAUAACUGAUAUGUAGCGGAGGUGAACCGGACUCACGCUCUUGUGAUGAAAAUCUGUGUCACACCGGUCCAAGAGGGAAUGUCCUCUUGGCUUAAUGUUUAAGACGUUGGUUCUCCAUGUCGGAGACCAGGGUUCAGAUCCCGCCUGUGACAUAUACACGAGACUCAGUGUAAGUAAACUGGCUUACACAGCAGCACACAUUCUCUCUGGAAUUCAUGGAGAAUUCCUUUUCCUGUUCACCUCUUGUGUCUUUUGUAUGAAGUGCUUCCGGCUCAACACAAAGGUCAAUGAUGUGAUGUCAUCACUCCGUAUGAUGACUUGUAACUGUGAAGUGGUUCAACUUCAUACCAUAGAAAUACAAUGCAUAGAACAUAGAUUGUAGAAUGGUUAGAAGAGGUUUACACAACUACUUUUAAAGGUAGCAGCUCAAUCAUUUAACUUCAAUUAGACCUGUCACGCUCCCAAAUGAUUGCUUCCAAAAUCAACAUACUGUGUGUUCUAUCUAUGCAUUCUAUUUCUAUGGUUUCAGUGCUACAGUUCUAGAUCUGUUGUUAGAUGUGUUUUACCAGGAGGUAGGGUAGGUAUAGAGGAGGUUAUCCAGGGUCCAUGUGUUUCUCUCAUCACCACACCCUCUGUGUCCUCUCCACGCUCCCAUUGUUGGGGCUCCGUCCUGGACAUCUGUUACCCUAGCAGGCCAGAGGCACACAGCUUUACCGCAACACUAAAUGUGUCCCAAAUGGCACCCUAUUCCCUGUAUAAUGCACUACUUUUGACCAGAGGGUUCUGGCCAGAGGGUUCUGACCAGAGGGUUCUGUUCAGAGAGUUCUGACCAGAGGAUUCUGUUCAGAGGGUUCUUUUCAGAGAGUUCUGUUCAGAGGGUUCUGACCAGAGGGUUCUGACCAGAGGGUUCUGUUCAGAGAGUUCUGUUCAGAGGGUUCUGACCAGAGGGUUCUGUUCAGAGAGUUCUGUUCAGAGGGUUCUGUUCAGAGAGUUCUGCUCAGAGGGUUCUGUUCAGAGGGUUCUGACCAGAGGGUUCUGACCAGAGGGUUCUGUUCAGAGGGUUCUGACCAGAGGGUUCUGACCAGAGGGUUCUGACGAGAGGGUUCUGUUCAGAGAGUUCUGUUCAGAGGGUUCUGACCAGAGAGUUCUGUUCAGAGGGUUCUGUUCAGAGGGUUCUGUUCAGAGGGUUCUGACCAGAGGGUUCUGACCAGAGGGUUCUGUUCAGAGGGUUCUGUUCAGAGGGCACUAUAUAGGUAAUAUGGUGCCAAUUGGGACACACAGACUGUCUUCUCCAGAUUACUCUUCCUGUUGUUUAGUUCAGUCUCUGUUGAGUCAGUAAGGGGUGAUCAGCAGCAAUGUAAUGCUCUCCUGUUCCUCACAUGCCGCUUUCAAGUCAACUGGGAACUCGGAUCCUCGGGAAUCUCAGACUUCCAAACUCAGUGCGUUCAAAACAACUGGGAACUCUUAAAAAAAAAAAAAGAGCUCCGAUCUGGGGAAAAAAAUCAUCCAACGUAGAAUUCCAAGUCAGAAACUCGGGCAUCUUUCUAGACCUUUGACUUUCCGACCUGAAGAUCACUGACGUCAUGAUUCUACAUAGGUUUUUUCCCCGAGUUACCAGUUGUCUUGAAAAGCACCAUACGGGAUAGUUUGGUUAACUCCGCUGUGCUGCAUGCCUGAUGAUAUCAUGUUACCAUACCAACAACUGUCUGCUUGCCCCUCGCUAACCUGGCUCUAACUCUGUCAGCCCACUAAAUGGGCGGCAGGUAGCCUAGUGGUUAGAGCGUUGGGCCACUAACCGAAAGGUUGCUGGAUCGAUUCUCUGAGCUGACAAGGUAAAAAAUCUGUUGUUC